AUGUCUCUAGAAGCAGUACCACUUCCGCCUCUUGAGUCAAUUGCACGGACAAGCACAAAGCGUACGCAUGCAAUCUUUGCUGCUACUAGUAAUGCUCCUGAAGGUGAUGAGAAAAGUGCAAAAUUACGAUUAAGCGUGAAGAUCAACGAUGAAUACAAAGAUUACAAGCAACUUCCUACUGCUCUCAUUUCUCAGCAAGCCCCAGUGGGUCCAGCACGACCGAAGCAGGAGCGGAAGAUGAUCGAGGCUGCUCCAUCAUCAGACACCUCACGAAUGAUAGCAAAGAUAGACCCAACCCCACAAGUUCAACCAUCCACCCUCGCCUCACACAGCACACUCUCAAAAGCGCUCACCCUGCACAAAACAACACGCUCCAUCAAGCCCGUAUACCACCCGCAAUGGAAGCUCAUGCGCGUCAUCUCGGGACACUUGGGCUGGGUCCGUUCAGUCGCCGUGGAACCAGGGAACAAGUGGUUCGCUACUGGUGCGGGCGACCGUGUCAUUAAGAUUUGGGACUUGGCGUCUGGUGAGCUGAAGCUGAGUUUGACGGGACAUAUCUCGACUGUACGAGGUCUGGCUGUAUCGCCCAGACAUCCAUAUCUCUUUUCUUGCGGAGAAGACAAGAUGGUAAAAUGCUGGGACCUCGAAGUCAACAAAGUCAUCCGACACUACCACGGACACCUCUCCGGCGUCUACAGCCUCAGCCUCCACCCAACACUCGACGUACUCGUCACAGCCGGCCGCGACGCCUCCGCACGCGUCUGGGACAUGCGCACCAAAGCCUCCAUACACGUCCUCGCAGGCCACACCGCAACCGUCGCCGACGUCAAAUGCCAAGAAAGUGAUCCACAAGUCAUCACAGGUAGCAUGGACACCACUGUCCGCCUUUGGGACCUCGCAGCAGGCAAAACGAUGACGACACUCACACAUCAUAAGAAGAGCGUACGCGCACUUGCGAUUCACCCUACUGAGUACUCGUUCGCGAGUGCCUCGGCGGGUGGGAAUAAUAUUAAGAAAUGGAAAUGCCCUGAGGGAACUUUCGUGUUUAACUUCUCUGGUCAGAACGCAAUUAUCAAUACUUUAUCCGUAAACUCGGAAGGAGUUCUCUUCUCUGGCGGCGAUAACGGUUCCAUCACAUUGUGGGACUACAACAGCGGUACAGCGUUCCAAAGCAUGGACGACAUCCCCCAACCAGGUUCACUCGAAGCAGAAGCAGGCGUGUUCUGCUCAACAUUCGACAUGACUGGCACGCGCCUGAUCACCGGCUGCGCAGACAAAACGAUCAAAAUUUACGCAGAGCAAAGUUAGGCGUAACCUAGAGAUUCACCUCUCUAUCGUCGGCCUUUCGCUUUGCUCGCAUUUUGCAUCGUGUAAAUUUAUUGUAGCAUUUGUUUAGUAAUUU